ACCAGUGGAGAGAUGGCCGCGACAGGACAUGGUGGGUUACAGAUGAGGUACCUGGCGCGACCGGUCUCCAAGUAUCACGCGGCCUAUCAGAGAGCCGUCCAUGUAGGCUUCAAUGAUCAGGUAAGCGCCGAGCCGACAAAGGCGACAGGUCAGACGGAACCCGACGACAGUUCCGAUGUUGAUGUUCCUGCCAUUGCCGCCGGUGUCACUGUUUCCGUUGUACUUCUCAUCAUUGCCGGAGUUGCCUUAUAUAUCUGGUACCGUAAGAAAUUCCCAGUGAGGAUGAUCAUUGGCAAAGACUUCGGCAAAUUCACCAAUCCGGCUUACAGUAGAAAAUCUUCCACCGCCACGCUAACACGUCAAGAUUCGUUCGAGAAGGAGAUCCAGAAAAUGUCUGCAGAAAAAUGUGUUUCUCAUGACAACCACGUUGAUUUGAGUGACGAACAAGAAUACCAACCGACAUCCGGACUUACCAUGUUGGGAAGUAUUGGACUACGAGAAGGAUUAGAUGAUUUAGACAGUCCAGAAAUGAAGAAACGGUUUUACACGAAACAGAGAAAGAAGGUUGUUCCUGGUCCCAAAGUUGUUAUAGAAGAAGAGGAGGAGGGGGAGAAAGGAAAAGUAACAAAUAUUUCAGAUUCUUCUUCUGACACUUCUGACACAUCUUCUACGGAGGAAAAGAAUUCUGCAUCAGACGAGAACUCUGAUGGGGAAGGAUUCAGGCCAGUUACAGAUGCACCAAAGAUCAAACGAAAACGCAUAUCUACGUAUCUCAACGAGGUGUUAGACAGACAGAACUCUCACGAUAGUUCUUAUGUGGAUGAACAAGACGGACCGGGAAUCAGUUCGGAUACAGGGGUUGUUCCCGGAAGCGUAGAUGUGGUUGUACACGCAGAAAAGCAACAGAUGACAGAUAAGGAAAUGCCGGACAACGACGAACAAUCGAACAAUGAAGAGUUGGUAGAGGUAAGAGUUUCUUCUGACGUACCAAGUGCAAACGAUGCUGUGGAGCAAAAUGAAAUAGAUGAAAAUGCUAAAGGUGUAAGCAAGCCGGAUAGACCGUUACUGAAGCUUGGAAUACAAGGCUUGAAUUUCACGGACGACGUCGACGAUAACGAAGGUAGCCAAUCAUCAACUAGUACAGAUGAAGAUAACAAAACAGAAGAAUCCAUGAAAACACAGAAUGAUCUUAUCGUAGAGAAUGGAAAGGAAACGAAUUUUACAACUGCGGAAAUAAUGACAGAGGUAAACAAUUUGCUUCAGCAGGAGACAAAAUCCUCAUUCGAGAGCAUUGGUAAAUCAGAGCCAAUCAACGAAUCUGGUCAAGUAGAGCAUAUCGUUGUACUUCCUGACGUCACGGAGGUAGAUGAUGUUGAAGGAGAACAUGAAACAUUUUCUGUCCCUGAAGAAAGCAACGCUUUGACAUGUGGCAAAUUUUCCGAUGAGAAGGAAAUGUUGAUCGUCGGGAUACCCGAUGUUUCUGAGAUAUCUGCAGUUUUAACUGACAUUGCAAACGAAACAGAGGCGAGCAGCAAACAAGAUGCCGCCGAAGUGAGCUCCGUCCCCUCGUUGUUAGACGAGAUACAGUUGGAAGGGGUAAACUUAACGAAUGAUACCUAUAGGGGUGCCACAUAUGGUCAAAUGUCUGAUAUGCAACCAGAAAGUGCCGCGGUUGAUAUUGCAACAGAAAGAAUAUCGGAAGAACCGGAAGAACUAGCACACAAAAAAGAAGACCAUACUGUUCCAAAUCAAGAUAUUGUAGGAUAUCUCACUAGAGACGAGAUGCGGGAGUUAACGGCUCGUACCAAGUCUUUUGGAGAAGAUUCUCUGUCAUCUGUUUACAGUGGAGAAAUAGUCGAAGAGGAUCUUCCAGUUGCUGAAAUUGCGGAACAAGAUUAUUUUUCAUCGGGUUUAAGUCUUGACGAAACAGACAGUUUGGAAAUUCCUUAUAAAAACAAGGCAGAAGUGCAGUUUGAAAGACUGAUCCAGGACAUUGAAAAACACUCAAACUCGUCCGACGUUGAAGAAGGGGGUGAAGUUACGGAGAAUGCAGACCAGGAAGACGAAACGACGAAAACCGAACAAUCAGUGAUAUCAUUCGAUUCCAGUCCUUUUGAUAGUAUACCAAACGAGUGUAAUGGAGAAACAUCCGACUUCCUACCGCUUGUUGACCACUCAAAGAGCAAUAAUUCUCAGACAUUGACUAUUGCUCCUUCUUCAGAUGAACGUUUCGCUAAUAGCUCAACAAAGCAACCCUUCAUCGAUUUCUCAAGUUUCGAAGAAAAGAAUAUAUCCAUAGAUAAAAGUUCAUCAGCCCAACCGACCUCACUUUUAAUGUCUGGAUUUGAUAUGGGCGAGAGUAGCACAGACGUGCAGAAUCAGCUUAAUGUUUUGAAAAUCCCCCCAGACGAGCACCUCUUAAACGCAUCUAGUGCUGAGGACGACAGUGAUGACAGUAAGGAAUCGAAUGAAGAUUUGAUGGAGUAUGUUGUUAAUCCGGACGUUAAUGGAGAAGGCAUUGCAGACGACGAGGAAGACGACGAUCAGAUCGAUGAGCUGCAACUUACGACAGAGUCUGGUGGAAAGGGAAGGCGAACGAGCGUUACCCUUGAAAACCCAUCAUUUGAUACGUUAGAUUUUUCCAAAUUUCAACAAAACACAUCAGAUGCAAAACUAGAUGAUAACGACAAAGAAUCAGAUGUUGAAGCUCGCAUGAAACCAACCGCCCUUGGACGACGAGAGAGCGUCUCUCUUGAUAAUCCUUUCUACGAUACCAAUGACCAGGUUUUACCAGAACCACAACAAAAAGGAGAGAAGUUACGCGUGAUUCAAGUGUCAAAUUUACUCGUCACUCCUCCGACUUCAUCUAGUGAAUCGUCAAGUGAGGAUACCGAAAGUGAAACGGGAAGUGGGGGUGAAUACCAAGUCAAUCCAUCCUCUGAUCGCGAAGACGAAGAUCUCAAAACUACGAGCAAAUUCGAAAAGGAACUCCAAUAUCCGGAUCUACCUGAAGGUGUCGUGAACUUUUUGUCGUUUGACAGCGAAAGUGAACGUGCAAAUGCGACAGAAAGCAAACCGACGCUAACGAGUCUUUUAGGUAUUGAUCCCCGCGAGAGCACUAAGUUGGAACCGGUAGAGUCGGAUGUCUCCUCUCUCGAUUCAGCAACACUUAAAGAGAUCGAAGACAUUUCCUCAGAUUCAGAAGCUAGCAAUAAAGGUCAUGGGCUUGCAUCUUCUACAGCUAGUGCGUCUGCGCCGAAGAAAUUUUCUCUAUCAUCUAUCUCAAGGAAAUUUAAAAGUAGUUUUAAAACGACGGCAAAACCCGAUCUGAAAACCGGAGAUAACGAUAUUGUGGAUGUAUAGCAUGAUUUCUUUAGGAGUUAAGUCCAUGGAAUUUACUUAGUUACAAUACUCAUCAACACAAUUCGCUUAAGUUUCCCUGUCUCAUCGCAGGGGAAACGCUAGAAUUUAACUGUUUUGACCGAUUUACCCUUAAUUUCGUUAAGAUAGGAUUGGAGCGAAACGGAGCCACAUGUUGAUCGUUUAACAGGUUUUUCAACUUGUUAAAGUGCCCGUCACGAGUACGGAGGGAAAGGCUUUGAAUUCCAAACUGGCCAUAUUGGAAUUUUACUCUCCUGUUACAUAGUAUAGAGCACUGUUGUUUAUACUUUUUAAUCGUAGAUUGUUCUGCAUGGUAUUGGUUUCUUUUCAGAGGGGUUUCUUAAAGCUAUUAGAUAUAGUCAAGCUGCAAAACAGUCUAAAUGGUUAAGUUUGUAUAGUUAUGAUAGUGGUACGGAGCUCCUUUAUGAUUCCAGUACCGUUGCCACAAAAACCUUAAUUUUGAUGAGGAUAUUUGUAUCUGUAUCACGAUAGUGUUAUUUAAACAGUUCUGAAAAGAUACCGAUACAUUGCGGAACUUUAAUGAAAAAUAGAUGACAUAAACAGAAGAUAUGUUAACAACAGUGUUCUGAGAGUAAAAAUACAACUCGUCAGGCUGGAGUUCGGACCCUCAACCUCCAAACACAAUACGGUCGCUCCAACUAGCGGAGAUACCAAAUCAGCUGUAGUUCCCAGGGAAGACAGUUAUGUCCAAAACGAAGUUAAGGGGAGAUUACUGUUGAAUAAGGACUAUGGAAUUAUCCAGUAUUUUGCCUUCAGUUGGACAGGAUCCUUCAGGUAAAAUGUUCCGUGAUUUUGUGUUGUUUCUGUCGCGAAUAGUUCCAACAUGUUUGGCAUUUUCUCCAUUUAGUAGAGUUAAUGGCAACAUACGAAAGAUAUUUUUUCUCGUAAUUUCCCAUUUCAGACGGAAAGAAAAAAAUCCUUUAACCCCAAACCUCUAAAACAGAGAGCUUAUCCACUGCCUCAUCGGUCAUGAUAUUAAUUAUGUUAAUAUUUUUCUGCAGCAUCACCCGAGACAAUUUCAAAAUUGUCAAACACCCUAAACUGACCCACAACCUCAAACUGUUUUUUUUUCUAAAUAAAGUACGAAUAAGAUAAAUUUAAGGAAAAUAGUUUUGUAUGACUAGUAGAAAAGUGAUAAGACACUCUACCUUAAAAUGAGAUUGUUAACCCGAAUGAUGUGUACAAAAAUGUGAUAUGUAUUGCAAUCGGCCAUUUCCGUGAAAUAACGAGCAUGCGACGGAAAAGGGUGACGUGGUAUUUAUCGUUAACUUCACCAUAGAACGGGAUAUGCGACCAAAACAGCCAUGCAUUUUGGAUAUUUCCAAAACUGUUGAAGACAUGUUAAAUGUGACGUGUCAGCAAACGUCGAUUUACGGCACCAAAAAAUAAGUUGCGUUUAUACAAAUCCGCGAAAGAAAGUGCUCACAGAUGAUUGAUUUUUCAUGGUAUGAAUGUAUGAUAUCAUGCAAUUGGCAGACUAUUAUCGCUUAUUAAACGGAUUCCAUUUAUUGUUAUCGAUUUUCUGUUCGGUAAUGUAUUAAAAACAAUAUACAUGUAUUUCAUUUCGCGUUACAUGAGGCAACGGAACGAUAAGCAUCGCCUUGUUGUCUUAGGUGUUACAUGGGCCGAAGCAUGCUAGCUACAAUCAGUUGUGGAGUAAUUGCUUUAUGAUAAUAAAAUAUAUGUGUGUAUGUGUGUAUGUGUGUGCGCGCGCGUGUUUGGGUGGAUGAUAUAAUUUAUGAAUAAUAUGCUUUUCAUGUGUAACGUUAGGGCCGGGCUUUUGUGUAAUCGUUUUAGUAAAAUAUAUAUGAAAUCAAAUAAUUUUGUCUUAACAACAUGUAAAUCUAAUAUAUAGUAUAGAAGCAUAUGAACAAUGACUGUAUUCCAGCAUUUGAUAUUUAUCAAGUAUAGACUUUUGUUGAGGUUUCGAGGUUGAUAUAUCCUUUUCAGGUUCAUAACCACAUAUUUACUGAAAUAAAAGUCCCUUAUUGAUAUAUAAGAUAUGAAACUAUGCUGUUUUUAUUAUUAAACGAGUUGGAACGUAAAGAAAUCGUCAAAAGAAAAGUACUGCAUUUGACAGUCUUUUAGAGCAAUAUGACGUUACAAUUUAAGUGACGUCAAAAAGAGAGUAUUGGCCUGCUCUUUUUCUAAAAAUAGUAACACCGUGUCAUUAUCACAAAUCACCGACAUAAACGUGAUCCUGAUCCUACCAAUGAAGUUGUAGAACACUAUGCAUCACCUUACAUAUUGAAUAAACAUGUUCCCCAAUCGCGUGGUGGCUGGUGAUAGUGCUCAUCUUACUCGAGUCAAAUACUUUUUA